CCUCUUCCUGACACAAAUCAGUGACAUUUUCUGGAAAGCAACACAACAUUGCUGUUUGGUUUUGUCAAGAUGCAUGUACAGUUUCUCAUCCUGGUUUUUGGGCUAAAUCUUCAUGCUGUAACGGCAUUCAGAAAUGGACAGGUAACUGUGGCAUGCAUGUCUAUGACUCCUGGACAUGGGACUAACUUAAACUCUACAUUAGAACCUCCAUAUACUGUCACCUCAGACGCCUCAAACUACACAGAUGGUCAGGUGAUCACAGUGACACUACAAGCAAAUAACACUGGAUUCAAGGGCUUUCUUCUUCAGGCCAGGAAUGAGAAGGGUCCAGUAGGAACUUUCACAGUCAUAGGAAACAAUACUCAAUUACUCUCCUGUGGAACAGAGGGCUCAGCUGUCAGUCAUACUUUAAAUGAUGUCAAAUCAACUAUUGUGGCUCAGUGGAAAGCUCCCAACAGUAACAACACAGAUAUUCACUUCAGGGCAACAUUUGUGCAGAAUUUCUCUCUCUUCUGGGUUGGUGUUCAAAGUGAUUCUGUUAGAUUUCUGGCAACAAAUCCUCCAAACAUGACAGUCUCCCCACCGAACGUGACAGUCACCACAACCAGAGUGACAGUCUCCACAACCAAAGUGACAGUCUCCGCAACCAACGCAACAGUCUCCACAACCAAAGUGACAGUCUCCGCAACCAACGCAACAGUCUCCACAACCAAUGCGACAGUCUCCACACCCAACCAAACAACUGAUGAUAGUCCAUCAAUAUCUCUCACAUGGUGUCUUCUUUUUCUACCUCUGCUGGCAAUUAUUUAAAAAAAAACUGGACAAAAUCCUUAAUCCAAUCAGUUUUUAUAGGCUUUUAGUUUAAAAUUCAAACAGGUUUAUAUUGUUGAAGUACAAUGGUGUUAAAAAAGCUAUUUUUAUGGUCUCAAAAUAUAUUACAUUUUUCAAUGAUAUGCUGAUAUUGUAAUAUAAAUAUUUUUUCUUUUAAUAGGGCAACAUAAAAGCCUCAUUAUACCCUA